AUGGCUUCUCCACUGCAAGGCUCAAAAGUAGCCUUUAUCGGCGGUGGAAACAUGGCGGCCGCCAUAAUAGGAGGGCUGCUCGCCAGGGACAUCCCCAAGGAAUCCAUCUUCGUGUCCGAGCCAUGGGACGUCAAUCGGGACAAGAUGAAGAAGCUCGGAGUACACACGACCGCUUCCAACGUCGAAGCCACGCAGGAUGCCGACAUCGUCAUUCUGGCCGUCAAGCCGCAGGUCGCCAAGGAAGUCUGUCGAGAGCUCGGCAGUGCAUGGACGCAGAAGAGCCAGACUCCGCUGCUCAUUUCCAUCGCCGCGGGUAUCACGCUGGACAGUCUGCAGCAGUGGUUGAAGCUGGGCGACGGCCGCACGCCACAUACUGUGCGCGUCAUGCCGAACACCCCGGCUUUGGUGGGCGAGGGUGCCUCGGGCCUGUUUGCGAGUCCCGAUGUGUCCGAGGCCGAAAGGGACCUCACCACUGCGCUACUGGGCAGCGUGAGCAAGGCGGUUGAAUGGGUGGACAAAGAGGAGCUUCUCGAUGUCGUCACCGGACUUUCUGGUUCCGGACCAGCGUACUUCUUCGCCCUGGUAGAACACCUAAUCACCAGCGCCACUGGACUGGGACUUUCGACGGAACAAGCGACGCGGCUGGCCAAGCAGACUUGUUUCGGUGCCGGCAAGAUGUUGGUCGAGUCUUCCGAUGACCCAGCCCAACUGCGAAAGAACGUGACGAGCCCGAACGGGACCACCGAUGCAGCUUUGAAGAGCUUCGACGCGUCUGGAUUCGCGGAGAUCGUAGACAAGGCCGUCAAAGCAGCAACGAGUCGAGGCGAGGAGAUGGGAAGGACGUUAGGGGCGUCCUCUUAA